AUGAUGAAAGGAGAGGACCUGCCCGACCUACCCCUCGCCAUGCGGCGGGCGCGGCGGGUCCUGGCGCCUGCCGGGGCGGCCGCGCUGCCGCCCCACGCGGUGCGGCUGGAGGGCCCCUGGGGACGGCGGCUGCUGCUGCUGCCCGUGCUGCACGGCCGGCUGGCCGGGCCCGGGCAGAGCGCCGAGGAGGCCGCCAGGGCGAUCCGGGCGCUGGCGCCCCGGCAGGUCCUGGUCGAGCUCUGUGCCAGGCGGUACGCCGAGGCGCAGGCGUGCGCCGUGCUGGGCCUGCCUCCCAGGCCGCCGCCGCGGCUGGACAUCCUCGGGAACAUCGACGGGGGCCUCUUGGGCCAUGAGAUGGCGCCCGUGCUGGCUGCGGCCCGGGAGGUCGGCGCCGCGGUGACGCCCGUGGACCGCCCGCGUGCGGCGACGCGCGGCCGCGUGGCCCACCGCCUGUGGCACCCGAGGCUGCUGCAGGGCCUGCUGAACUACGGCGGCCUGUCGAUGCGCCUGCGGCGCGGCGGGGCCCCCGUGGACAGUGAGGAGACGUGGGCCUCCCGGGCGGGGAGAAGCACUGCCCCGCUGCGCACCAGGUGUUGA